AUGGGCGCCACCGCCGUGAAUAUCAGCCACGGCGUGUGGGACCGCGGGAUCUUCUCUGCUGCUUGGAGGCUCUUCCAUCAGAGCCACCAGCGUGCUGUUGAGGAGCGCGUUGCCGACAUGGAUGAAGGAGGUGGCCGCAUGCUUCGAUUGAUGUCGUGGGUGGUCGGGAACGGCUGCUGCGAUCACGAUUGCCAUGGUUCUCUGCAUCGCGCCUUUUGUGGCGAGAUGGACGACAAACUAUUUAUGAAAAGCGUGUACAAGCAGUUUGCGUCUCUGCGGGGAGGGUUCUCGUUGCUUGCCGACAACGUGUACGAUUGGGUGGGCUCCAACAUCGUUUACCAGGAUUGGGGGCUCAGCGAGGUUGAACAAGUCGAGCUCUGGAACGUGCUCGGCGUGAAGCCCGAGUGGGUUGCCGACCUCGUCGACCUUCAACUCAGGGCCGAGGGCACGAACGUGUGCGUCGCUGCGAAGUGCCGCGGGGACGCCCGCGUCAUCCGCAGGGUGGUCAAGUGCCAGCUCCGUCUCUGGCAGUUCCGGGCGUGGUCGGAGAGCCGGUGGUUGUCCAUCGGGGGCCAGGCGAGAAGAUUGAUGGCUUGUCUGAUCGUUGGCAUCGGGGCUCUGGUCGAGUACUGCCUCACCGUGAAGGGCCAGCCUACCUACAACCUUGGCAACUUUGAGCCCACCUCUGACGUCAAGGCCUUUUUGUGCGCUGCUGGCGUCGCGUCCCCCGUGUCGGAGAGGCCCCUGGUGCUCUUCUUCAGGGACGACCGCGUGCCGUCCAUUAUCGAGCAGGUUCGGGGCGACGUGGAGGAUGCCCUCGACUCCCUCAAGAUGAUAUCGCCAAGUGUGUGGGAAACGCUAUCGGCCACCGUGGGCGUGCCCGCGCGGCGAUUGCGCCAUCGGUCUAUACUUGCGGGGCACGUGCAGGCGAGUUACUUGAUUUGGAGGCUGUCGGACGCACGUGCGCUCCCAUGGUCUCUGUGCACAGGGGGCAUCAAGGCUAAUCUGGCGGAGCUCGCCGCCGGUCCCCGGCCAGACCACGACGAGGGUUGCUCGGCGAAGAUAUGGGACUUGAUGCGGCUCGGGGCCCCCUCUGAGAUGCUGGAAGAGGGUGUCCAGCUGCUGUCAAAGCUUGGUCAUUCUUCCAAGCGGGUGGAGGAAGGCCACGUCCAAGGGAGUCGCCUCUUGCAGUUCCAUAAGCGCCACGAGGAAAUGACCCUGAUAUCACGAGCCCAUGUCGGACAGUGCCGGACGCUGUUCGCCACGCCGCCCCUCCAGAAGAGCUUGGGCGCUGCGAAUGCUAAGCUCGUCCGCCUGGAGAAGAGGAAUCCGGAGAAGAUUGGGGGUAAGCAGGUCUACUUCAGCAACAUGGUGUCCGCCCUCCAGCGGAAGAAAGCUGCCGGCAUUCGCGUGCCGAACGAUGCGGUGCCACACUGUGUGGGGAAGCAUGGCGAGUGGUGGAACCGACUGACGGACGAGAAGCGGGAGAAGUGGAGAGCUCAAGCAGUCGAAAGACGGGCGGAGGCCUGGCGGGAGCUGAAUGGCGAGAUCGAGCAGGCAGUGAAAAAACGCAGACUGGUACAAGAGGAGAUCGCGAAAGCAUACGCCGGCCCAGUGACGCUCACAAGGUGCCGCUUGACCCCAAGCGAGCUCCAGCAGUUCGACGACAUGUGGGGAGAUCCACGGUACUCCAACCGCGAGGUCACUAAUGUCCUCGGCGCGCUCCUGGAGCCCUUGGAGCCGCUAGGGCAAGAGGAGUUGGCCCAGCUCGCCACGUACACCGAGCCUUCCUCCUCUCGUUCGUUGGCGAGUCCCCCCUGGGCUCAGCAGCUGUGCAGGCAUCGGGAUGCAUUCACCGACUGCGUAUUGAAGCUGACCUACGAAGACGGCUUCACCUGCUACCUGAAGUUCCUGUGGGCCCUCCAGAACCCAUUGGUUUGCGCUUUCAUCGACGUGGAGCCGGCUGGCGAGAUGUACGCGGAGGCUGGCCCCUGGGGCGAGGACGACGACGAGUGGAACCACCAGUUCGAAGAAUUGCCCAUGAUGUAUUCGUUUUCGUCUUGCGACGAGUACGCUGGCGAGGACAUCCAGAUAGAGGUCCUCAGUGAUGCUAUAUUAUCCGUAGGGGGGCGGCUCGUCUCUGACGCCACCUGGGUGGGCCUGGGCGAUUACCUGGAUAUGUUCCCGCGCGGAAGCCCUGGCGCCGAUCGCGCCUCUCGCCCACGCAUGCCGCCGAAAUCCCACUUCUCUGAAGACCUGCUGAAGCAGUACCCAUGGCUGUUGGACAUCUGGUCCACGAGAGGCGCCGGGUCUGCCAGGGCUGGGGAAGGGCGACCGGGAGAGGGUGGCGGCUCGGGCGGCGGCGAUGCCAGCAGCGACAGCGAUGGCGUGGACGAGGCUGACGGUGAUUUGGACGAGAUCGACAUGGACAAGGUGCUCGAGGAGCUUGAGGAGAAGCGCAAGGCCGAAGGUAAAGCGGCAGCAGAGGCUGAAGCGCACUUCCACUGGGUUGUGAGGGGGGGCGCGUGGACCGCGGAGCACGUGGGCGUUGCGUUCGAUUCCUUCAGGGCGACCUUCAAGACCCCGCUUGGGAGGGAGAUGCUGCGGAAGUACGGCUUCGCGCAGUCGUGCACUUUCUCGCUGGCGAAGUUCGGGGAUGAAUUCGCUCGCGCGCUGGCGGGCUAUUGGGUCGCCAAGAUGACAUAUUUCUUCGACGACUGGUCUGCGCAUGGGCGGGGCAACUACGUCUUCAACGUCGCCUUUGUGAAUGCGUUCCCUGAGGACGCCGCUUUCACGAGGGCGUACGGCCUUGCCACUCCGGCGCAGAGGGUGCGGUUCGACGAGCUGCGAGCUUUGAGCCCGGGGCCGCCUCGGGACUAA